GGGCAGCGGCACAUCGGGCUGGACUCCGGGCAGAGGCACAUCGGGCUGGACUCCGGGCAGAGGCACAUCGGGCUGGACUCCGGGCAGAGGCACAUCGGGCUGGACUCCGGGCAGAGGCACAUCGGGCUGGACUCCGGGCAGAGGCACAUCGGGCUGGACUCCGGGAAUAGGCACAUCGGGCUGGACUCUGAAUCACCAGGUGGAGCGGUGGGCGCCGGGCCACCAGGCGGAGCGGCGGGCGCCGGGCCCUCAGGCGGGGCGGCGGGCCCCCCAGGCGGGGCGACAGGCAUUGGGCCCCCAGGCGGGGCGACAGGCAUUGGGCCCCCAGGCGGGGCGACAGGCAGGCACCGAGUCACCAGGCACGAUAGUGGGCUCCGAGUCAACUGGCAUGACCGCGGGCACUGGGUCAGACAUUGGAUCGUCUGGCUGGACAGCGGGCAUCGGGUCACCAGGCAUCAGGUCAUUUGGCUCGACAGCGGGCACCGAGUCAUCUGGCAAGGCAGUGGGCACCGAGUCACC